AUGGAGGCCGCUGAAGUCAGCGUUGACGGUUUAAUUUACAAGUUGAUGUGCAAUGGAAGCCAGCGAAUUCAUGAGCAGAUGAUUCGAGGUGAGCAUCAAAAGCUCCACCACCGUGACCUCCCAGCUGUGCAUCCUGGGGUGACCAAAUUGAGCAUGACCCCAAAGAAGAAGAAGUGCGAAGGGGCUAUCCAGCCAUGGGGUGUGAAUUAUGACCCUUCUCAGGUCUGUGUGUUGGAAGGAUCAACCGUCAAACUUGGCUGCAUCUUCAAGUAUCCGUGUGAAAAACCUACUAUCAUUGUUGAAAAAAAAUUUUGGUUUACCGAGAUAAACAAUAUAGUGGAUCUGCGUGACAACCCCGAUUAUCGAGAUCGUGUGGAGUGGAAUCCCCCUGAUUAUGAUGGUUACAGGAAUUGUACCCUGACAAUCAGACGCCUGAGACGGACUGACUCAGCUACAUAUAAGUUUAGAUUCGAAACAAACAAAGAUGGAGGAAAAUAUACUGGCGAACCUGGAGUCGAUUUAAAAGUGACAGGUCUAACAGUGGUGAUGUCUCCUGUGGUGACGGAGGGACAAAAAGUGAUACUGACCUGUGACACCAGCUGUAAUCUGCCCGAGCACACCACCUUCACCUGGCACCAAAACGGCAAGGCUCUGCCCCAGUCAGAGAAUCAACACCCCAACCGACUGGUUCUCAACACAGUGGGCCGUCAGGAUGCGGGGAUCUACACCUGUUAUGUCAAAAACCAAAACUUCUCCGCUCCUGAGCGGACUCUCACUGUCCAAUACGCUCCGGAUGCACCAUCAGUGUCAGUGAGUCCUGAUGAAAUCAAGGAAAACAGUUCAGUGACUCUGACCUGUAGGGGUGAUGCCUACCCCGCGAUCCAAACAUACACCUGGUUCAAGGAGAAUGGAAAUCAAUCACUUGGGAGCGAGACAGAAAAUCUCGUCUUUGAUCACAUCCAGUCCUUUGACUCUGGAAAGUACUUCUGCACAGUUGCAAAUAAGCUGGGGAGUAACAAAUCUGACUCCAUCCUGAUUGAUGUGAAAUAUGCCCCUACAAACACUUCACUGUUGGUGAGCCCCUCUGAUGAAAUAAAGGAGGGAGACUCAGUGACUCUGAACUGCAGAAGCGAUGCUAACCCACCAGCUAAUUUCACCUGGUACAAAGAUAACCAAACACUGCCUUGGGAACUGAGGAAAAGUUACACCUUCACCUCCAUUAGAUCAGAGGACAGUGGGACUUACCGCUGUCGAUCUGAAAAUGAAUAUGGACACUCUUACUCUGCCAAUCUAUCUAUAGCUGUUCAGUACGCUCCAAGAGUCCCCUCAGUGUCGGGGAAAUUAGAGGAUAGUUGGAGGUUGACUCUGACCUGUAGCAGUGAUGCCCACCCUUCAGUUGACAACUACACAUGGUUUAAGGAGAAUGAGGACUCACCGAGAGCAUCCGGACGGACGUUCACCAUAACUGACUUCAGAAUCAACCAAAUUGGGAACUAUUACUGUCAAGCCCAGAACAGAAGAGGCGCAAAGAAUUCCACCUACCAGUUGAUUGUUGUGGCAGGUGAGAUGUGUCUGUUCACCUAUGCUCACACGCUUCCGGUGCAGACCAGAAAUUAUCCAUGA